AUGGUUGAUAGUGCGCUGGCAGAAUAUCUCACUGGCUCCGAACUUGGAAAGGUAGUUUUUGUUGGGACGAAGCGUGGUUGGCUGUCCGUAACUUGGGCCCACCUAGCAGCGCAAUCUCCCAAAAAUUCGCUCACAACACCCACGUUGUUGCCACGUCAAGCCGGCGCCGAGUCCUGGAGCCAUGACAACGAAGAAGACGACGGCGACGACGACGACGACGACGCGAACAACAAUGACGAUGAUGAUGGUAAAGAAGAAAACAAGGCAACAAAAACAAAAAUCGCCGUGCUCGGAUCCAGUGCUUGCCCGUACAGAUACGCAAUAUUAACGGGUAUCAGCGGAAGAUUUGAGAUGCAGGUAGACGGGAGGUCGGCAGAUGUCGACCAAACAGUUGCCGUGGAGAGAUUUGCGACAUGUGGAGAAGCACCGUGGCGGUGCAGUACCAAUAAGUAUGUACUCGCGUGCGAAUGCAUUGUGCUGGCGCAGAUCCGUGGAGGCAAUGGAAGCUACAAGGGACGCCGUUGCGUGCAUUGUGCUCCACAGAUCGUAUUACCAGCGCCAGACGGAACAGUGGAUCGCAAGAAAUGA